AUGGGAGGUGAAAGCACGGUUUUGACGCAAACGACCACCACGCCCAGCGAGCGAGCCAGUGCCUACUACCUUUUCCAGUUCUCUUCCAUGGGCUACGUGGAGCAAUCCCUAACCAGCCUUGUGGAUGGUAUCUCCGAGGCUGUCUGGCUGGCGCAUCACAACAUCAAGCCGGCGAAUGUCACGAUCAGCAGCGGCAUGGUCGACAACACCACGGUUCCUGGCUGCCCGAUGCCGAAUUGCGCCAGCAUCAAUCGAAGUCCGACGUCCUUUAUGCACAACCCGGCGGAGGAGCGCAAGGAGUACUUCGGCAACGACAACCUGGACCGUGAGAUGCCAUUGGUAAAGAUUGUGGACGCCACAACCGGCGAGCCGAUGGGUGUGCUAAACUGGUAUGCCGUGCACACGACCUCCAUGAACAGUGAUCACGACCUCAUCUCGGGUGACAACAAAGGUGUGGCCGAGUACCUCUUUGAGCGAGCUGUGAACGGCCCGCCCUGGGAGCGUGUGUCCGGGAGAGGGCCCUUCGUUGCCGCCUUCGCGCAGGGAGCAUCGGGGGAUGUGUCGCCCAACGUGAACGGCUCCUUCUGCACCAACACCGGACUGUCCUGCGAGAAUCAGUACUCGGUCUGCUGGGAUGGCGGCCAGCACAAGAACGAGCUUUGCCGCGGCCGAGGUCCCAGCAACGAUGCCUACGAGUCCACGCGCAUCAUCGGGGAGAGACAGUUCACGGCGGCCAAGCACAUCUUCGACCGAGCGAAGACCCCCAUAGGCUCCGGCCUGAACUAUGCCGUGCGCUUCGCCGACCUCUCCAAGUAUUGGGUGGACCUCGACGGAAACGGCACCUGGGCCCAAACGUGCUCGCCGUGCUUGGGCACUUCCUUUGCAGCCGGCACCACGGACGGUCCCAGUGGCGUGAACGAGUUCGGCCAGAACAUGACGCCCAGCAACGGAUUCCUGCAGUUCAUUGCGCACAUGAUCUCCCUGCCAUCGCAGGAGGACAAGGAUUGCCAGGCCCCGAAGAACAUCCUGCUGCACCCCGGCGGUAUGGCCUUGCCUUACCCGUACUUCCCCACGACCAUCGGCUUCCAGAUGAUGAGGAUUGGAAGCCUGAUCAUCGUGGCCGUCCCGGGCGAGUUCACCACCAUGGCCGGCAAGAGGACUCGUGAGGCGAUCAAGGCAGUGUUUGUGGAGAAAGGCAUCGUGGACGACACCGCAACAGUGGUGCUGAACAACGUGGCGAGCGGCUAUGCGGGCUACGUUACCACCUUCGAGGAGUACCAGCACCAGCGCUACGAAGGCGGCUUUACCGCCUUCGGCCCGCACACGCACAAGGCGAUGACUCAAAUCUUGGUCGAGAUGGCACAGGACAUGGCAGAUGGAAAGCACACCUUUCCCGGAAUGAAGCCAAAGUUGCCAACAGCGGCUCGCAUGGUGGAAGGCCAGACAAAGGUGAUGGUGGAUGAUCCGCCGAUCGGGGGAAAGUUCGGCGACGUCAAGGAGGACGUCGCCCCUGGCACCUACCAUCCCGGAGCCACGGCACGCGUUGAGAUCUGGGGUGCCCACCCGCGGAACGACGCGAAGAGGAACAGCAGCUUUGGCACAGUUUGGCAUUGGAAGGCCGCCAACACGAGCGACGACUCCGCAGCAGGGGAGUGGCGUUUGGUGGCCGACGACAAUGACUUUGAAACCAAGUUCGCGUGGAAGCGGGUGGGCAUCUCCGCCAGCGUGGUGACCUUGUCGUGGACCGUUCCUCCCGAGGCCCCGCCCGGAUGGUACAUCUUUCACUACAGUGGCAAUGCCAAGACCCUGGGCGGGGCCAUUUUCCCCAUCCACGGCUCCAGCCGGAUCUUCGAGGUGAGAGAGCAAGCUUGGGGACAGCCUCCGAAGGACGAGCUGGUGAUUCUGCCGCCACCCGUGGUGGAGGAGGGCGGCGGACUCAAGCUCCCGGGCGAGGGGGAGGGCCCUGCGCGACGCCUUCGAGGCACGCGCGGCGAGUACUUCCAGUGA